AUCUGUCAGUGAGUCCUUCGCGCGUCUCCCGCUGUGCAGUGUAUUGAAUAUUGUUUUGUUUUGGUUUUGUUAUUGUUGUGUGUUAAGUAGAGAGUGCGAUGUCGUCGCGGACGAUGAUGAUGGCGUGUGUACAAAGAUAAGAAAUGCGCGAGGGACAAACGUCCUUCGGGUGUCGUUGAAAGCCGUUGCGGGCGAUCGGGCCGGUCGCCCCGGUGCUCUCGCUGCGAGGAUAGAGCAGAUAAGACUCGCGAGAUGCCCCACGCACACAGCGCCAGUGGGGGCGACGACCUGGGCAGUACUGACGAAGUGAAGGUCUUCUAUGUCGAAGGAGAUGGCGAGGAUGAGAAGCGCUCCUCAGAGAAUCUUCUCGAGGAAAAGUCGAGUCUCAUCGAUCUCACUGAAUCCGAGGAAAAGUCAGCGACUGGAUACACCGCCAACAAAAAUGCGUCGAGAUCGGAUCAUAGUCCGGUGUUUGGUAAGUUCUAUGACGCCCAAUACGAUUUCGUUCCAUUUGUUCGACUGUUUGUGAUUCGACUACAGACAUUCAUUAUAAUAUAA